GUGGAGGCAUUGAUGAGCUCGGCCAAGGCGGAGGCACUGGGCGCGUCACUGCCGUCACUACAUGGUGCUUGGGAUGACGAUGCCCGGGCGUCCGCAGCUGUGUUGCUUCGGCCGACGCCCGAUGGGCUGGCGUCCUGGCCCGUCCCAGUCCUGGCUCCAGUGUUGGCAGAUCUCGUGCGCCACGGUGCAUCAGGUUGGCGUGAGCAGUUUGCUUCCUUGCCUCGCGACAGCUCCUUGCUGUCCGGUCUGUGGGCAAAUCUCUGCCGUGCUGACGCAGAAGCUGCUGCAGGUUUCUGGCCCUGGGCCAUCUCGGAGCUGGUGGUCCCAUCGCUUGGCAGCUCAGAGGAGACCCCGCUGAGACGACGGUUCGCUGCCGCAGCAGCAAACCUGAUUGCGUCCACGCUGCUUGCAGACCUCAAGGCUGUGACGGCGGAGCUGGACCUAUCAUUGCUCUUGGGGGAGGAGCCGCAUCCUACGACUCCGGCCAUCCGGCUCCUGGCUUUCAAGGAGGCCAACCUCGCACCGCUGGUCCUCUCCCUGUUGGAGGCUUCCGAGACUUCGGCAGAGGAGGCCGCGGUUGCUUGGCUUCGCUUGGCACUGGAUUUCCGGGAGAUAGCGGCGCUGAAGGAGGGAGAAGCUGCUCGUCUGCUCGUGGAGUCCCACUUGGCGCGCAUCGCCGUUGUCAAAGCGAGCACAUCUGGCUACGUGCACCGACUGCUGACGGCGCUGCUGCCCGAAACCACAGGAACGGAUGCCGCUUCCACUGUGCUUUCUGCAGUUCUUCGGAAUGCAGCUCCUGAGCCAGGCACCCAGAUUGAGCUGUGGCCGCUUCUCUCGGAAGCUCUCUGUUUGUGGCCUACACCCAGGCUCACUGCCCUGGUUCUCGCCGUGCUUCCUCGAGUCUUCGACAACCUCUCCGUACAGACUCCCGAUGGCUGUGUGAAAGGCAGCCGCCUCGAUUGCAGCUCGCCAGCCGGACCAGUGAACUUUAGCGUUCGAAGUCCGGUGCUGAAGUGCAUCCACUGCCUGUUCUGCUGUGCAGUGGCACUGUCAGUUGCGAGCCCGACACAGGCGUUGACGCACCUGCGCUCUGCCUGCGACGUCACCCGAUCCGUCCUUCAAAGUCAGCCUUCCUCAGCUCGGGUCCAUUGCAUCUCCGUUCAGUUCGUGGCCUUCUUGCAAGCGCUGCUCAAAGCUGCACCGGACCUGCGAAACAUGCCUCCUCCACGGCCGGCUUCGUUACGUGGAGCCAAGCUCUUGCUGCAGGCGCUUCGCAGGAAGAUGACGAGCAUGCGGCUUUCAGAACCGGACUGCCUGGUGGAGCUCGAUGUGCAGCUGAAGGACUGGGUCUUCUGA